UGCGCUGCCCCCUUCCAAGCUAUUUCCGGUUCCGCCGCCCGCCCUCCUUCCCUUUCCGCCGCGGCACACGCGAGGUGUUACCGCUUGGUGCCUGUGCCUCCGCCGCCACCCCAGCGAGAUGCAGAACGACGCCGGGGAGUUUGUGGACCUCUACGUCCCUCGGAAGUGCUCUGCUAGCAACCGCAUAAUCGGCGCUAAGGAUCAUGCUUCUAUUCAGAUAAAUAUUUCGGAGGUUGACAAGGUAACGGGCAGAGUAAACGGCCAGUUCAAAACAUACGCCAUCUGUGGACCAAUUCGUCGAAUGGGUGAAUCAGAUGAUUCCAUCCUGCGUCUGGCAAAAAAUGACGGAAUUGUUUCCAAGAAUUUCUAACUGAAGAAACUCUGGUAUGGAACAUCUGAUGUAAAAUAAACACUUCAGACCUA